UGCCUUUGGUGAUUCCCCGAGAGCACGCAGGUUCUCGGAGUUUUUUUUUUAGGCGACGCUGGAAGUGAAGUUUUUUUCCCUUAGUUUCACCUUCGAAGACUACUGGGUGGAAAAGAAAAGGCGCAUGCAGCUCAGUUUCCGGAGGACAGAGAUCGUGAAGAACAACCAGGAAGCGGCUGGGCUGGGAGUUGCCCCCGGUCCCCGCUGCGCCGUGGAGGUUUCUUCCCGGGGUCCCUGCACCGAGGCCGGGCGCCUUUCCCGAGUCCUGCCCUGAGCUAGACCCCGGCUCCGGCCGGCCGUUUCCGAGCUGCCAUGUCUUCCGACUUCGAAGGCUACGAGCAGGACUUCGCAGUGCUCACUGCCGAGAUCACCAGCAAGAUCUCCAGGGUCCCUCGGCUCCCUCCCGAUGAGAAGAAGCAAAUGGUUGCCAACGUGGAGAAACAGCUUGAAGAGGCCAGAGAAUUGCUUGAGCAAAUGGAUUUGGAAGUCCGAGAAAUCCCGCCUCAAAGUCGAGGAAUGUACAGCAACAGAAUGCGAAGCUACAAGCAAGAAAUGGGCAAGCUGGAGACAGACUUUAAAAGGUCACGGAUCGCCUACAGUGACGAAGUACGGAAUGAGCUUCUAGGGGAUGAUGGGAAUUCCUCGGAGAACCAGAGGGCACAUCUGCUGGAUAACACGGAGAGGCUGGAAAGGUCAUCGCGGAGACUAGAGGCUGGGUACCAGAUAGCAGUGGAGACCGGCAAAUUCUCCACCACUUCGUUACAUCAUUCCUUCACAGAGGAAGGACUCCACACUCCGUUUCAGAAGGAUGAGCUGCAAGAAGGAGAAGGCACAGACAUGGAUGAGCCGAGUGACUGUGGAAGCGGCACCCAGGAGGGGGUGCUUUCCAAGAACUGCCUUAGCCCGGAGUUGGCUCCAUACUCGAAGGGUUUUAAAAAAUUCGAACAGAAGUAGAAUGUAAUGGCUUCCCAUAAAGCCUAUUUUAUCGAUUUAAGAGUGACAUUUUGUCUAAAAUUACAGUGUUGUAGUACAAGGCUGGGCCGACAAGGACAGUUCAGUGGCGUGGUAAAAGAAGUCUGUACAAGUUGACACGUGUCUUUCCUGCAAAGCACUACAUUUGGCAACCUCAUGUGGGGCUGUCUGAAAUAUUUUCAUUGUUUUUAUCUUACGUUUGUGACGUUUUCCCUGCACGUCUGUCUGUGCACUGAGUGCAUGCUGGUGCCUCUGGAAGCCAGGAGAGGGCACGGAAUUCCUCGGGACCAGAGUUACAGAUGGUUGUGAGCUGCCAUGUGGGUGCCAGGAAAUGAAUCAUGUCCUCUGGAAGAGCAGCUGGUGCUCCUAACUGCGGAGCCAUUGCUCUAGUCCUCUCUGAAAUACUUUGGAAAUUUUACUUGAUCACAAUAAUCUAGGAACUACUGCCCAAGGUACUGAAUGAAGCGGGGGAAGGCCCCCUUCACGGUGCCUUCAUUGUAUUGCUCAGUGUCCUGAAUGAACUGGGAGGAAAUCACCUUGGUUGAAGCCUUCACUGAUCAGCUGUGUAGCCCUGAGAAACAGGCACUCAUUCUGUGUAUUCUCUUACACUUGCCAGAUAGACACUUGACACUAGACUCUUUUUAUGGCAGAGGGUAUUAGGAAGUAAAAUCACAUCCUCUCUAUAUAAGUGCACAGAAAAAAAGAGCGCUCUGUACAAUUUUAUUGUUUUAGUAGAUGGCCAUCAGUUAAAAAAGAAGUUAACUUUCAAGAUAAUUGGCAAAUGUUUAAACAGAAAUUUGUAACUUUUCAUUAACAUGAUAAUUGACAAGAUCCUAGAAAGAAUAAUCUAUGGGAUAGGAUGGGCUAGACUUUUACCUUAAUCACUAGUUGCUUCCUAACAAAUUAUAAAAUUCAUCUUUGGAAACUCUUG